ACCCGCGCCGCCGCAAUGGCCUCCUCCCUCGCGGCCCGCCGCCUCCUCUCCCGCGCCUUCGCCGCCCGGCGCGCCCUCCCCUGCGCCUCUCCGCUGCCUUCCUCCCCCUCCGCUCUCCGCAGGCUCGCCACCGACGCCUCGCCGCCACCGCCUCUCCCGCCUCCGCCUCUCGAGCCCACAGUCGAUCCGCCCAAGUCGGAGGGCGCCUCCUCCUACCCCGGUGCCGGUGCCGGCGCUGGGGGCUCCUACCGGUCGGGACCGGGUGCUGCAUCGGGGGGCCGCCGCCCGGGUGGCGCGGGCUACGAGGAGGAGCAGGAGAAGGUCCUCCGCGCGUCGCUGCUCCAUGUGCCGAGGAUGGGAUGGAGCGAGUCGGCCAUGAUCGCGGGGGCCAGGGACGUGGGCGUGUCGCCGGCCAUUGUCGGUGCCUUCCAGAGGAAAGAGGCCGCGCUCGUUGAGUUUUUCAUGGAUGACUGCCUUCAGCAACUCAUGGAUCGCGUUGAUGCUGGUGAGGGAGAGCAGUUGAAAACCUUGAUACUCACUGAGAGACUAGCCAGGCUUAUUCGUAUGAGGCUUGAGAUGCAGGCACCUUACAUUUCAAAGUGGCCUCAAGCCCUGAGUAUCCAGUCCCAACCGGCAAACGUCUCCACAAGCUUGAAGCAGAGAGCAGUCCUUGUUGAUGAGAUUUGGCACGCUGCUGGAGAUUCUGGAUCAGAUAUUGAUUGGUAUGUGAAGCGUGCUGUGCUUGGUGGUAUCUACUCAACCUCGGAGGUGUACAUGUUAACAGAUAAUUCUCCAGAGUUUCGUGACACAUUGACAUUUGUGAAUAGCCGCAUCAAAGACGCUCUCAAUCUCGAGAAAUCUGUUAAGGAGGCCGGAUAUCUAGCUGAAGCCAUGAGAGCAGGCCUGGGUGUUGGCCCCAUACAAGACAUCCUGGGCAAGGUUUUCCAGAAAUGAAGAAAGCGUGUGAACUUGUCUUUGCGGACUGCAUUGAAUAACUCCCAUUCUCGACGUUUCCACCACCACUUUCUUAUAUCACGUUGAAAUUCUCUUAGUACAUUGUAUAUAGCACUUUCUUAUACAAAUAAACGCUGUCAGGAUAGACUUGCGCGCGUAAUCAAGAAAGUGUUUAGUUGGUGACCGACCUGUAUGAGUUGUCGAUUAGUGACUGCUAUGCGUUGUUAGAUUAAAAUAUUUGUUCGCGAGUGUGAACCCCACAGACUCAAUUAGCCCAUGCGUGGCCUAGUUGCUGCAAUCAAAACAAGACACUGGCGGUUUCGUA